UUCUAAAAUCAAGUCUCGCCGGGUUUGUGCUGCGCGAUGACAUCUAUACGUAGGUAGGAAGCGUCGCGUUCCAUGACGUUCUGUUUCCAUGACUACCAGAGUCGCUGUCUAGUGCAGCGCUGCUAUGGCGAAGUUUGUACUGGCAGGCAGGGCUGACUGUCCAUACUAUGCAAAAGCAGAAAUUCUUGCAGAAUAUCUUCAGAAAAACCUUCCCUCAUUCAGAGUGCACAAAAUUACCCAACACCCUGAGGACUGGGAGGAAUGGCUUCAGGAGAUCUGCAGAAAGAAUGGAUGGAAUCACCAUCGUUCCCCUAUAAUAUGGAGGGAGUUGCUGGACAGAGGAGGAAAGGGAUUGCUUCUUGGAGGGUUUAAUGAUUUCUUUGAGCAUGCUCAGGAAUAUUAUAAUAUUACCGCUGACAUGAUGAGCAGUCUAAUGAAGGAUAUUGCUCUAGAAAACUUGGAGACUCAUAUUGAAAUCCAGAAAGAACAAGAAGAAAAAAAACGUUUGUUUAAUCCUCUACAUGUCUGGAUUACUAGUGCAACCACACCGACAUGCUACAACCUGAUCCCUCUGCUAGCCAGUGGAGAAGUCUUUGGGAUGAGGAAAGAAAUUUGGUUACAUUUGUUGGAGACUAGUCAUUGCAACGGGAGUCUUAGUGCUCUGGUUAUGGAGGCUGAAGACUUAGCAUUUCCUCUUCUCAGAAAGGUUACAGUGCACAAAAUGGCCGAUGACACAUUUCUCCAGGCAGAUUUUGUAAUUGUUCUUGAUGAUGCUCAUGUCACAAAUGAUCAGUCACCUGAAAAGUGCAUCAAGCAGAUUGCUGAAAGAUGUUUGCAAUAUGGAGCCUUCAUUGAUCAGAAUUCAAACAAAGGAGUAAAGGUAGUUGUUGCAGGAAGUACGUAUGUGAACUUAAAGGCACAAAUGAUAUUGAGCAAUGCACCAUCUAUCAACCCUCAUAAUGUGGUAGCUCUGGCCACACAACUGGAAUUUGAAGCCAGAGCACAGAUAGCAAAGAAACUGAACAUAAAUUCAGCAGUGGUGAAGGAUGUGAUACUCUGGGGCAACAUCAGUGGCACUAACUUUCUGGAUCUUCAACAUGCAAAAAUCUACCAAUAUGAUAGCGCUGUGUGGGGACCUCCAGGUUAUUGGCGCCCACUGAAGAAAAUGAUCUUUGACGGAAAGUGGCUGAAAAAUGAAUUUCUUAAAGAAUGGAGGUGCAGACAACAGCAUCGCUCUGGCAUGUCAGCUGCUCAUUCCAUAGCCAUGGUCUUGUCUUGGUGGCAGCAGGAAUCUAACACUGGAGACAUUGUUUCAUUGGGUAUAACCAGCGAAGGCCAUUUUGAUCUUCCAGAAGGGAUUGUAUACUCCAUGCCAGUUCAAUUCCUUAAUGGAGACUGGCAGGUUUAUGCAAAGGCCAGUGUUCAUGAUGAAACUAAGGAAACAUUAUUUCAGGCAGCCAAGGAAUUAAUCAAGGAAAAGAAUAUUGCUUUAGGAAUUCAGAAAGAAUUAGAAAUUGCAGAAGAGGGAUAUAAAGAAACCACUGUAAUAGAGAGCACUGCAGCUUUACCAACACCACUGAGCAGUAAAAACAGUUUAGAUAAUGUUGAAACUACACAAAAUAAUGAUGACCAGACAAUAAUUCCUACAUAUCCAAGUAGAGAAGAAUCUGUACUGAGUAUGGAACACGUACAAGAAGACUGCAAUCAAGGUGAAGUAGCCACAGUGCCAAAUAUUGAAACUGCUCUACACAAUGGGGACAAUGUGACAAAUGUUUGACAACUGUUUUUAUCUAUGACACAUCAUCCAGAGCUGUCUGAGUUUCUUUGUAUAAACUGUCACACAUUCAAUUACACUGGUUGGAUAUGUAACUUUUUGUGCUUUUCUUGAACUUAUGGGUAUGGAGCCCUGCUACUGUAGAUAAAGGUAUAAAUAUUUUUAACCAUAAUAAUUUUAAGUGUAGUGAGUAGAUAAUUUAUUAUAUACAAACUAUACAUUUACAUACACAAUUUUAGAUUCUAUUCAAAAUAUGGCAGUUGUAAUGUCUAUGUUAAAUCUGAGGAAAAAAAGCACAUACCGGUAAUAUGUUUGCAUAGUGCCUUAGUAGAUUGUAAAGACGUAUCUGUAUUUUUGAGACCGAUACAAAAUGUUGCUUGAAUAAAAAAGAUGACAGCAUUACUCACCAUAUGAUAAUUUGAGUGUAUUCUUUGCUAAAAAGAAUUGAAAUCAAUGAAAUAAUUGUAUGAAGUUCUGCAGCUGUAACAGUGCUCUUUUUAGGGCAUGAUCACUUAAAGGGAAAAUUCCAAUGCAACAAAGUGCUCUGGCAGUUUAUAGAUUCCCCAGAGUUACAGAAGUAUUGAGUACUGAGGAUUGAAGAACUCUAGAUUCAGAACUUUACGUUGCUGAGUAAUCACAUUUUGGACUUGUUAGGGUGAUGGCAAAUGGAGCAUCUAAAAAUACCUCCCUGUUCAAGUAGCUGCAUACAUACCUCCAAACAUUUUGGAAGUAGAAAGAGUUACAAAAAGAUUUAUCACGUGUAGCUUGGCGAAGUUUUCCGACCAUGCCCAUUUUUCUGGCCACACCCCCCAAUUACCAUGUUCAUUUUACAAAAUUUGGCAGGUUAUGAAAGUUUGAA